AUGCGCCGCGCCGCCCGCGCCGCCGUGGGCCUGCUCGCCCUGCCUCGGCUGGCCGCCUUCGGCGUCGCGCGGCGCGGGGCGGCGCGGCGCGUGGCGACGGCGUCGACGCCGGGCGACGUGGGCACCUUCAUCCCCGCCGCGCGCGAGAACUUCUCGCCGCCGACGCCCGAGGAGCUGACGCCGCGGAGCGAGGCCAUGCUCGCGCGCGCGGCGAGGUGCCGCGACGCCUUCCCGCACCGCUUCGUGGCGCCCGCGGAGGCCGCGGAGAUGAUGCGCGUCGGCGCGACUCUGUGCGACGUCCGCACGGAGCAGCAGGUCCUCGACCACGAGGUCGGCGGCGCGCCGGGCCGCGUCGCCGUCGACUCGCGGCGCCUCGCCCUCGACAACAUGGUCAUCGCCGGCGGCCCGCCGCCCAUGCUCGGCGGCGGCGGCCGCAAGGUCGUCGCCGUCUGCACGGCCGGCCCGAAGUCGGCGAUCGCCGUCGAGUUCCUGCUCGAGUUCGGCAUCGACGCCUACGCCGUCGACGGCGGCCUCGCCGGCUGGCACGCCGCGGGCCUGCCCGUCGCCGGCCUGCUCGACGACGACGACGACGACGACGACGACUUCGAGUGGGGCUUCGGCGACGACGAGGACCCGUCGGAGACCGUCGAGCUCACCGUGCGGAAGUCGCACGGCCUCCGCCGGAUCGCGUCGAGGGGAUCGCACGCCGCCGGCCGCGGCGCGCGCCCGAGCAUGAGCGACGCGAAGCCCGGCGUCAUCUACCUCGCGCGGCUGCCGCCGCACGUGCGGCCGGGCAAGGUGCGGCGCCUCCUCGAGCAGCACGGCGAGAUCACGAAGCUCUUCCUCGAGGCCGAGGAGCAGAGCGCGGCGUCGAAGCGGAAGAAGCGCGGCAAGCGCUUCGUCGAGGGCUGGGUCGAGUACGCCGACAAGAAGGUCGCGAAGCGCGUCGCCGCGUCGCUGAACACGACGCCGAUGGGCGACGGCCGCCACGCCGAGGACCUGUGGGCGAUCAAGUACCUCCGGGGCUUCGAGUGGAAGCACCUCACGGAGAAGAAGGCCUACGACGCGCGCGUCCGCGACGAGAAGCUCCGCGUCGAGUUCUCCGCCUCCCAAAAAGCGAACGCGGAGUUCGCCGCGCUCGCGACGUGGAGCGCCUUCGCGAGCGAGCUGCGGCCCGCCCUCAGGGGCAGGCAUUUCGCGGCGACGCAGUACCGACCCUCGUCGCUCCGGCCCGUCGCGUCCGCGGCCGCGAGGACUUUUCGCCAGUCGCUCCGCGUCGGGUCCUUCGCGAGGAAGCCGCCGCCGACCAUGCCCAAGCUCGUCGUCAAGGUCGACCACACGAAGACGAAAAAGAAGAUCCAGAAGGAGAACAAGAUCCUCGUCAAGGAGAAGAACGAGGACCGGCACGUCGGCUUCAAAGCCUACGGCGACGACGGCGAGACCGGCGGCACGAAGCUCGGCAAGAACGGCAUCGUCGAGUGGAGGGCGGACACGAAGCAGGAGGCCGCUAAGAAGCAGCAGGCGAAGGAGAAGAAGAUCUACGACGCGGACCACAAGGGCAAGGAGCACGCCGGCGACAACAAGUUCAUCCAGAACUUCGACAAGAACGCGUCCAAGGGCCUGCGGACGAUCCAGGUCGGCGCGAAGAGCCCGAACGAGGCGCCGGACCACGACGCCGAGGGCGCCGCGCUCGCGGCCAAGGCCGACGCCAUCGCCGACCGCCACCACGCGGAGGACGCGCGCAUGAAGGCGGAACGCGAGGCCGCCAAGGCGCAGCGGGAGGCCGACGCGCUGGCGGACAAGAAGCGCAUCACGUUCCGGCGGUCCAUGAACAUGCGCCACGGGUCCGUGCGCUGGAAGCGCAUGACGGCCGUCGUCGGCCACAAGGGGAGCACGGACGUCAAGACGCGGGACACGCUGCUCCUCCACUUCCAGAAGAUCGGCAAGGGCAAGACGAAGCUCACGCGCAAGGACAUCGGCAAGUUCUUCCACGCGCUCAACGGCGUCCAGCCGCCCUUCGACGCGCUGGAAUACCUGCGCGCGGACACGGAGGGCGUCACGCGCGAGAACAUGCGCGAGAAGGUCGACGACUACAACACGUACAUGAAGUCGCGCCGGGACGUCCGCGCGCGCCAGAAGCAGUUCAUCGCCCAGUUCGAGCGCUACUACAAGGGCACGGACGCGGGCGACGCGCGGCGCUACCACGAGCGCGACGUCUACAAGAUGGUCGCCGAGCUCUGCGGCGAGGAGCACCCGGACGAGUGGGCCAUGAUCUACGCGUUCCGCGACGUCGGCGGCUACGAGCUGGACUGCGUCAAGCACCGCCACCUCCGCGUCAACGACGCGGCCCAGUUCCUCGAGGCCUACACGGAGCGGCGCAAGUUCCAGGAGCGGGAGAAGGCGAAGCGGCGGGGGCCCAUCGGCCACACCUACGCCUGCAUCAUGGGCCUCUUUGGGCCCAAGGACAAGGCUAAGUAUCUCCUGUAG